AUGUCUUCCUCGAAUUCUCCAGUGGUGUUCGAUAAGAACACGGUUGUUGUGGUAUUUGGAGCAUCAGGUGACCUAUCCAAAAAGAAAACAUUCCCUGCGCUCUUUGGUCUAUUUAGAGAAGGUUGCUUGGAUCCUUCCACCAAGAUAAUUGGUUAUGCUAGAUCAGAAUUGACUGUUGAUGAUUUACGAAAAAAGGUUGAACCAAACUGUAAGGUAAACGAGGGGGAUGAUGAAAAGUUGAAGGAGUUCCUACAGAUGAUCUCUUAUGUUCAUGGACCAUACGAUAAAGAUGAGGGUUAUAAGAAAUUGGCAGCUGAAAUUGAGCAAUUUGAGAAGGAAAGGUCUAUAAAGAAUCCGAACCGGUUGUUUUACUUGGCGCUGCCCCCUUCGGUGUUUGUUACUGUCGUUGGCCAUAUUAAAUCCAAUGUUUACAGCGAACAGGGUACCAUGAGAGUGAUUAUUGAGAAGCCAUUCGGCCAUGACUUAGCUUCUUUUAGGGAAUUGCAACAGCAAUUAGCUCCCUUGCUACGGGAAGAGGAGGUGUUUAGAAUUGACCACUAUUUGGGUAAGGAAAUGGUGAAGAACUUGAUGUUGUUGAGGUUCGGCAAUGUCUUUUUCAAUGCGGCCUGGAACAAAGAAACCGUGCAGAUGAUCCAAAUCUCCUUCAAGGAGCCUUUCGGUACUGAGGGUCGUGGAGGCUACUUUGACUCUGUGGGUAUAAUUCGGGAUGUCAUGCAAAAUCACUUGCUACAAGUUUUAACGCUAUUGACUAUGGAAAGGCCUGCUUCCUAUGACCCAGAAAGUGUACGUGAUGAAAAGGUGAAGGUAUUGAAGGCCUUCGAACCUAUCGAUCAUAAUGAUAUAUUAAUCGGACAGUAUGGCAAAUCUAUAGACGGUGAAAAGCCUGGAUACUUGGACGAUGACACUGUAAAGAAGGAUUCAAAAUGUCUCACUUAUGCUGCUUUGACGUUUAAAAUUAAAAACGAACGCUGGGAUGGUGUCCCAAUUGUUAUGAGAGCUGGUAAGGCGCUCAAUGAGGGAAAGGUCGAGGUAAGAAUAAUGUUCAAGAGUAUUUGCUCUGGAAUUUUUAGUGAUAUCCCCAGUAACGAACUUGUGAUUAGAAUACAGCCAAGCGAGGCUAUAUAUGUUAAAUUUAACGCUAAAACCCCAGGUUUGGCUACGAAUUCCCAAUUAACUGAGCUUGAUUUGACUUACGCGAACCGGUUCAAGAACUACUGGAUUCCAGAGGCUUAUGAGUCAUUGAUCAGAGAUGCAUUAAUGGGUGACCAUUCGAACUUUGUGAGAGAUGAUGAAUUGGAUCUCAGCUGGCAAUUGUUUGAUCCACUAUUGGAAUAUUUGGAAGGCCCUGAUGCUCCUCAGCCUGAAAUUUAUCCAUAUGGUUCAAGAGGCCCGGCUGGUUUGUCAAAAUACUUGGAGAAUCACCAUUAUGUUUUCCAGGAUGGCAAGUAUCAAUGGCCAGUUUCAUUUGCACAUGAAGCGAACGAUAGUGGGAAAUCGAACUUGUAG